UUGUGAGGUCAUGGGGAGCAGCUGGGAGGCCCCCGCCCUCCCUGGAGUGCCGGUUGGCUUGGAGGCGGUAGAUGUUCCCUGUCGUGGCACAGGAAAGGAAAUCCGCGCUUGAACCAGAUAAUCCAUACCCAACCCAGGAAUGGCCAACAUUGUGGUGAAGACCAUCUGGCAGUCCAAGGAAAUCAACGAAGCUGGAGACACAUCGACGGGGACGGAGAGUCGGGCUCAGGGCAGCAAGGAGCAGCUGGGGAAGUCGAGCAGCCUGAAGGGCUUCCCCAAAAAGAAGAAAGCCGUCUCUUUCCAUGGGUGGGAGCCCUGGGAAGGGAAGGGGUGGAGGUGGAGUUCAAUGCACUACUCUGGACAUGCUGGAAUCUGUUGGGAGGGAUUGGAGAUCAGUGGUGGAGCGCAUCUCUAAGUAGGAGGUUAGUGGGGAAGACCCUUCUCCACUGGCGACUCUACAUGAGAUGUGGCCAAACUACAACUCCCAGCUGCCCAAGCAAGCGUGGCUGGUGGCCAGGGAUGAUGGGAGUUGUAUUUCAGCAUCAUUUAGAGGGCCAGAGCUUCCCCCACCCCUGGUGUAGACAGUCCUGGGCUGGAUGGGGAAGCAGCCUUAAGGUUCCCUCCAGACAUCCAUUUUAUUGUGCAGACUCAUGACACUUCAUGCUCCUGAUAGUGUAUCAGUUCGGUUCCCCUUUCAACACGCUUUGCGCCUGCAGAAGUUUCGGGGUGGCCAUGCUGCUUCGUUCCCAAUCAGUUCAUGUGCUGCAACGUCCUGCUGAAAACCUGUAAUUUUUCAUACCGCAAAGUAUCGGCACGGUGGGGUUGUCGUGCUAUAGCACAAGCGUUCCCUUCCAGACACCAAUAACGCAAUAAAACUUCAGAAGCUUCGCAGAACUAAUAAAAGCGGGAGGGUGUGUGAAUAGCCUGGUACAAAUCCUCCACUAAUGUGCUUAUUAUUGCAUCGAUGACAUGUUGCAGAAUGACCACCCGAACCCACCUAGAAUCUAGAGAGGCCCUAAAGGCAUUUUCCCACAUUCCUGUCCAAGGGGUUUUGUCUACAGCUCUAGAAAGCUGGGUGGAUGAGUGUGACACACCAGAAUUAGUGUGGUCUGACUCCUGAUCUUUCAACAAAGAUAAGAUGCUAGAAAUCUCCCCUUCUCUGAAAACUCAGGGACCCAGACAUCCCUGCUCCAGUACCCUGUGCCCCCUGAGCCCUUCCCAUGGAAUUGGAGAUUUCUCACUCCCAGAAAACCUUUCUCUAGCCACCCCAGCUCUCGCUGAGCCACCUCAAGCCUGUUCCUCUGUCCUCUUUGCUCUUAGCCAGCCCACGCCUCAAGCAAGUACAGUAUGGUUCUUAGAAAGGAACAUCUUUAGCUGAACUGCACUGAACUACCAGGCAAAGAUAUGCUCAAGAGAACCUAGAAACCCUGGUUUUGUGUCUGCCCGCCCCCUUUAACCUACCUGAUACCUUCCUCUCAAGACCUAGGAUUUCUGCCUGCUUUCCUUAGGUAUCUGGCUCAGAAAAGGAGUUAGAACAUGGAAACUGCAGUCUUGGGAGACCAAAUUGUGACUGGCCAAGAGCCAAGAGCAUCCUUCUCUCAGAAAGUGACCCCCUUCUCUCUGACCCCCCUCACAACUGAUGCCACAAUAAAUCUGUUAGCCUCUGAGGUGCCGUGAAUCCCUUUUUGCUGCACCAGACGAACACAGGUGCUUCUCUGAGAGCCAGUGUGGUGUAGUGGUUAAGAGUAGUAGGCUCGUAAUCUGGUGAACCGGGUUUGAUUCCCCGCUCCUCCACAUGCAGCUGCUGGGUGACCUUGGGCCAGUCACACUUCUCUGAAGUCUCUCAGCCCCACUCACCUCACAGAGUGUUUGUUGUGGGGGAAGAAGGGAAAGGAGAAUGUUAGCCGCUUUGAGACUCCUUUGGGUACUGAUAAAGCGGGAUAUCAAAUCUAAACUCUUCUUCUUCUCUGAAAUCUGAAAGUGAUCGCCAUGGGGUGUCAUCUUGGCUAAUGUAUGUGUUUGCCUUUUUCUCCCCACACACACACCUCAGGGUUGAGCCCACCGUGACCAAUGAAAACCCCAACCUCAACUUGAAGCGUUCCUCCGCCUGUACCAACGUUUCACUCCUGAACCUAACGGACGGGGAGCGCGAUGACUCCACCACCACUGAGAAUGAAUCCACAGAUGACGGGGGUCCUCCGGGAGGAGCAGGUGGCGAAAGAAGGGAUCCUUUGCUCCCCAUCAAGUCAGCGUGGUCCGAGGAUGAAGAUGACACCUCCAGCCAACAGGUAAGGAGAGCAGUUCUAAAGACGCAUUGUUCUGUUGUGAGGGCAGCCAAGUAAACCACACUCUUCCCAAACAGAGACUCUCGCCCUUUCCAGGCCUGGUGACACAUUUCAGAUCCAUAGCCCAGCCUGGAUAAGUUGCUCCCAAACCAUACAAACCACAGAGCAAGCGGUUCCCAAACCAUUUUGGGGAAGUUGCCCUUUGGUUCCCUGAACUCAUCCCCAGUGCCCCAUAAAGGUAAAGGGACCCCUGACCAUUAGGUCCAGUCGUGACCGACUGUGGGGUUGCGGCGCUCAUAUCGCUUUACUGGCCGAGGGAGCUGGUGUACAGCUUCCGGGACAUGUGGCCAGCAUGACUAAGUCGCUUCUGGCGAUCCAGAGCAGGGAAACACCGUUUACCUUCCCGCCAGAGUGGUACCUAUUUAUCUAGUUGCACUUUGAGGUGCUUUCGAACUGCUAGGUUGACAGGAGCAAGGACCCAGCAACGGGAGCUCACCCCAUCGCGGGGAUUCGAACUGCCAACCUUCUGAUCGUCAAGUCCUAGGCUCUGUGGUUUAACCCACAGCGCCACCCGCGUCCCUUAGUGCCCCAUACAUCACCCCAUAAAAAGCAUAGCUGUUUGCACAAUCCGCUAAGGAAUAAAAUUCAAAACACUUAAUUGCACACUUAUUCAAAACCCGGUGAAAACCGUUUAGAUUAUUUCAUUCAAUGAAAUUGAUCGACAGCUUUUCAAAGUCUGAUAGUUGUUUGCAUCUCUCUGCCACCCUCUUGCCUUUCCCUGGUAAUCUCACUGCCCCAUAGCAGGUGGGGCGGCCCACUCUGGGAACUACUAGAGCACUGCAAAUGGACGGGGGUUGGUACUGCCUGAAAAAUUGGGCCAAAGUUCAAGUUGCAACAACCAAGCAUUGGGUGGGCUGUUUAUGCAUCACCCUAAAAGGGGAGGUGUGGGGGGGGCACCCCACAGACAGGCAUAAAAAAUUGUACGAGGUCAUCUAUAUGCAUUAGAUGUGAGUUUACAAAUAAGUGGCAUAAUUUAGAUGCAGUGCAUCUCACCAUAGUGGGAGAUUUGUGUUGCUGCUGGAUCUUGCUAGACAAGCACAGGCUGUUGACGGGCAACUUUGAGGUCCCUCUUGCUCUCCCUUUAUAGAAUCACAGAAUUGUAGAGUUGGAAGGGACCUUGAGGAUCAUCUAGUCCAACCCCCUGCGAUGCAGGAAUAUGCGGCUGUCCCAUAAGGAGAUCCAACCUGCAACCUUGACAUUAUCAGCACCAUGUUCUUUGUUGUUAAACCAGACUUGGACCACACAGCCCUUCAAACGCCAUCCUCUGUAAAGUAGGGCACAGGGCCACCCUUGCCAGGCAAGGCCAGGUUUUUAAACCUGAGCAGAAGCUACUCUGAAUAAACGUCAGGCGGACGCAGAACCCUUCGCUGACGCCACUUCAGGGUGGUGUUGUUUCUGUAAUGCACCUUGGUCAGAGGCUGCAGCCGGGUGCAUAAUGUGGAGCUUCCCCUCCUGUGGGUGUGGACUGUUGUGGGUCACAUAACUCAGAGGCUGUAGCUCAGGCAAAGGCAAACUCCGGCCCUCCAGAUGUUCGGAACUACAGUUCCCAUCAUCCCUGACCACUGGUCCUGUUAGCUAGGGAUGAUGGGAGUUGUAGUCCCAAACAUCUGGAGGGCCAGAGUUUGCCUACGCCUGCUGUAGAUUUCAGCUCCAGGCGUCAACGUAGGCAUCUUCUUCCAGCUGUUUGGGAAAUACUUCAGUGCCUUUAUGUCAGGGCUGGCGUUUGGUUAGUAGUGAGCUUAAGCAACUCGGAACUUUGGUUUAGAAUAAUAAUAGUCUCUUGGUGACCCUGAACCUCCAGGAUAAGAUGGGAUUCUUGUCUCUGGGCCAGAUCAGAGGUGUCGGAGCAGCCACACAUAUUUCUGCAUGCAUCUGAAGCAUUCACACAUAAGGUGCAGAAGGGUAGCUGGUUUACCCCUUACAUAAAUAUGAGUGUGGGGGGCUGAGGGAGCUGAGUCCUUCUACCGCUACCUCAUUGCAUUGAGCCAAUUGUUUUUGUGUGGGUUUUUUUACUUAUAUAAAAAAUCAGUUUGCUUCUCUGCCUAGCUAAUUUCAAGUAGGAGAGCUGGACUCGGAGCAAAGUGCUUUUCAGGCAAGGCAGUGUGGAAAGGCAGGGCUGGACAGAUCUGUCCAUUUUUCCACCUUAAUUUGAGUUCUCUACGUUUCCACAUCAGUUUGCAAUAAUAAUAAAAGUCCUCGUGAAAAUUCUUGAGCAUUUUUAGUGCAAAUUUCUCCUAAUAUUACAUGUUGUUUUUUUGCAAAGCAAUUUCCCCCAAUACGGUGCAUUUUUGUAUGCUAUUUUUCACCAGUAUAGGCAUUGUGAACCACCUUGAGAUCUAUGGAGGAAGGGCGGUAUACAAAUUUAAUAAAUAAUAAUAAUUUUAAUGUUCACUUUGCCCUAAUACGUGUAUGCAUUUUUUGUCCAUGUAACUUGGCUGGGGAGACCUGCAUUGCAAAAUUCAGAAAACUGCUAAUUUCAAAGGACGGCUGGUUGAAUUCAGGCAAAAUGUAAAAACCACGCCUGGCUUAAUGGUGCAUGAAUAUCCAUAGAACUAAGGAAGGGCUUGGACUGGCAUGUCACCCUCACUUCCUAGUAAAGGUAAAGGUAAAGGGACCCCAUUAGGUCCAGUCGUGACCGACUCUGGGGUUGCGGCGCUCAUCUCGCUUUACUGGCUGAGGGAGCCGGCGUAAAGCUUCUGGGUCAUGUGGCCAGCAUGACUAAGCCGCUUCUGGCGAACCAGAGCAUCACAUGGAAACACUGUUUACCUUCCGGCCGGAGCGGUACCUAUUUAUCUAGUUGCACUUUGACGUGCUUUCGAACUGCUAGGUUGGCAGGAGCAGGAACCAAGCAACGGGAGCUCACCCCAUCGCGGGGGUUCGAACCGCCAACCUUCUGAUCGGCAAGCCUUAGGCUCUGAGGUUCAACCCACAGUGUAUCUAGUAUCAACUGAUAAAAUGUAGUUUAAUCAUAACUUCACUGGUUACUAAUUCAUAUAUGUGCAAUGGUGUUAUUUGGGAUGUCAUAUAUUCCUUGUAAAUCUAAUCAGGGCACGUAUUUGAAAAAAGGUUGCUGUCGCUCUUCUCUUGUGCCUUCACUAACAGGUAAAAAUGUAGCAGGUGUAGUUUUUUUUGUAAUUUUUUAAAAAAAUGUUUGUUCCAAAAAACCCAAACGACCCACCCCACACUGCAUCUUCCAAAUUUCUGUAUGUCCCAUUGUUCGUGGCAUGGGGUUAGGAAAAAGUUGACUACUCUGGAAAUGUGUGCUUCUUGUGUCCGACGGCUUUGGGACUGGGUUGAACAUGGACAAGUGGAAGGUCAGAGGUGUGGCUAUCGCUGGCCUACCACUCCCAUCCUCCCUGACCUCAGGCCAUGCUGGCUGGGGCUAAUGGGAGUUGGAGUCCAGCUCGCACUCUAUGUUAGGGGUGUGGUCAAUCCAAACUUGCAAAUUCAGGCUGUGCCGUAUUCUCUUAGAUGUAGGGCUGUGCUUGUGUGCGUGAUUCUGAAUUACCUUACUCUGAGCAAGAGCCCUGCCACCCUCCCCCCAAUUCUGCAACGGUUACCCUUAAGCAUGUUUUUAAAAGCCUUGCCUUUAAUAUAUAAUUAAAUGUCCGAGUCUUAUUUAGCAAAUUCUGUGAGGAUAAUAUUCCCUCUGGCAACUGAUCUUCCUCCCUUGGAUUCCUUCUUUGGCAAGGGCCGUUUCCUGGGGUCUCUUGCUUCUGUCACCUGGGGUUGCAAACCUUUUGAACUGCCCCAGUCUCCUCGUUCCACUGGCUUCGCCCUGAAUAACUGCCCCUCGCUUUCUCCCAUUUAAUUGCGACACCAGGAAAUUCAUCACUGUGCAUGAAUUGUGCCCUUGCCACCUUGGGAGCAUUCAGCCUCCCUGUGGUUGGUGGUGGCAUCUGCCUUCAGGCGCCCACCGGCUUCGUAAAGUCCUCGAGUUGAAAUAAAUGCCCAGGAAGUGUGGAGAGGUCAGGAGUUAAGCUGGACUAUUCACCUGACCCACCCCCUUCUUACGCUCUCCCCCAGCAGGUAGUGAGCAAUAGCGGCCUAUUGCGAGCCAAGGACUCCAUCACCAGCCUCAAGGAGAGGACGUCCAAGGUCAACCGCCAUGUUCAGAACCUGCAGGUCUGGAGAUUGUCCCCCUCCCAACGCCAGUUCCGCCACAGGCCACACCAGCUAACACCACCCCAAGCUUGCCCUGUUCAUCUCACGCAGCCAUGGACCGCUAGAUCACUGGUUCUUUAACUUGGCUCUUUUAAAGGCUCCUUGUUCUAUGUUGCUAAUUUUUGAGGAGGUUUGUUUAUGAAGGAAUGCCUUCUCUUUUAUGCAAGCUCCUCUGGUGACCGCUUUCAUUGCAUCCCACAGGAGCGGGGUUGUUAUAUUGUCUACAUCAUUCUCCUUGAAGUAGUUUUGGAGAGUUUUUGUGAGAUUCUCUCUGAUUUGUUUGUUUGUAGUAAGGAUGGGACUGAAGGACCAUGAUGGGGUGUCAAGUUUCUGUGCUGACCGCAUUUUGUUAGCUUCUGUCCUGUGGGAGGGGGCCCAAAAGGCUUCUGAAUUCACUGUCCGCUGCUGUGCCUGACACAUGUGGUCACAGUUCGGGGAGCCAAGCAUUUUUAUCCCCCCCAUAAUUUUUUGGGGGGUCCCCUCUCAGUGUUCUCUACUGUCAGGGAGCAGAGGAGGCCAGGUGUAGAGCUGAGUACAGCUUCAGUGGCUGGCUGGCUCCUCCUUCUACUGUGGAAAGCAGUUUAUAAUUAUAAUUUAAUGUAUUUUUAAUCUUUGUUGGAAGCCGCCCAGAGUGGCUGGGGAAACCCAGCCAGAUGGGCAGGGUACAAAUAAUAAAUUAUCGUCGUCAUCAUCACUGCGUUCGGCUCUGUCCCCUGGCUCCUCCCAAAAUGUCAUAUCAUGCAUGACAUGGGCGCAAGUUGUCACCUCUGUUACUCUAUGCCCACCCAAGGAGAAUAGCCCGCCACUGGUGUUUCCAGUGAACUUUACACUGCAGCUGCUUGUACUGCUGAAGAGUCAAGCUGUUUUUCAUUUUUAUGUUUAAAGUGACUUGCCCCUUCGGCCUUAAUGUACUUUGGCUCUUCAGCCUUUCCCUUUACUGUUUUUGUUGGCUAAAGAUACACCAGGACCACAGUUUAAGAACCAGUGAGCUAGGCAUAUAUAUAUCCACCUCAGUACCUUCAUCCUUUUCACAUCAGAGGCAUUUCUAAGCCGUUGACUUGGUAGUGAUGCCCCACCCCCUUGAGAUAGCAGCCUGAUUUGCACGUUAUACUAGUCCAUGGUUUGUAAAGCUGCGGUUUAUCAACCAUGGCUUAGGGUUGUGUGUGAACCCACCCCAGUUUAUUAACCAUGGUUAAAGGUAUCUUGUUAACCAGGACUUGUUUAGAAACUUUAAUUCAUAUUAACCAUAGUUUAGCAUUGUGUAUAAACUCAGAUAUUCUCCUUAGCUAUGGUUAAGGGGUUGUCAGUGCCCCAAAAUUACAGAGCUGCGUGUGAAGACUUGGCUUUUGUCUCCAUUAAUAGGGAAAGGAUGUAAUAAACCAAGGUUUAACCGAAUGGCUGUCAGUCACCUCAGAUUUAACUAUGGUUUUUGAACUAUGGUUAACAUUAAGCAUAGCUUAACUUUAUGUGUGAACCAGGCCUGUAUGUGUGUUGAAGGGGGGUUGUGAUGCCAGCAUUCUUCAAGUAUCACAGGCAUUAAGAUGCCUUCUAAAAAUCAAAAUUGCUUCCCUGACAUCCACACUUGGGGGUUCUGUAUCUUUAAGAAUUCUGUCACAGGAAUCAGUGGUGAAAAAAUUUUUGGAAAAAGGUGUGGAUUCUAAUUUGGGGGUUUUGAUAAGAAGAUGAUUGAAUUUCAUCUGUUUUAUGAAUUUAUGUGUCUUGUGUUUGCCUGUUUCAUUUGAGGGUGGGGACACAUGGUAGUUCUGUAUUGUUUAGCCUGAAAGAAUAAACAAAAAAUAGCAAGCUCUUCUGUCACCAGUAGAGCUUCUAUAUAAAGGGAAGAUGGAACAGGGGUUUAUCAAAAUUUCUUCCCUUGCAGCCCACUUGAGAGAGCUAAAAAAUAACUGAGGCACAAAACUGAAGUGCAGUGGCAGAACCAGUCACAAAAUGGUAGCAGUUAAGGAUGGCAUAUGGAAUAACCAGCUGGCAACCACUGACAUCGUUUUCUGUUGAGGCCUAAUUCUUUGGAAAUGUCCCCCCCCCCCCCCGAGCAAUUUCGUUGUGGCAAGUAGCUCCACAGUUCAGCUUUUCUCAAACAAAGUACAGGCCUUGGCUCUAGAAGUAACAUGUCUUAGCCUCCCCAUUUUAGGCAGAAUUUGCUGACCCAGAGGCUCUAUGUAGGGCAAGCAAUUCAUUUUAUAUUUUCCCUCCCCACCACCAUGCCUCACCCAAGUAAUUUUACUCAUCUGUUGUUGUUUCUGCUCCCCCUUCCCUUCUCACACUUGAUUUGUACCUUUGCAAACCAAAGGUUCAUUCCUCCUCCCUGCCCCUUUUGUGUUUCACCUCUUCCUCCUUUUAUUCUAUUUGUUUAUUUCCCCGGCUGUUGCUGUUACUGAAAAAUAUCAACCUUCUCUCUGCCUUUCUAAUUUCCUUCAACAUUUCCACUGGUCCUUUCCCCUCAGAGGAGCAAGGCCCUCCCAUUUUCAUCUCUCCCCCGCCCCACAGUGGCAGACGUGGGGCUUUUAAAUUUGUUUGGUGCCCUGAAAUCCACCUCUGUUGUAACUUCUCAGUCUCCUGAACCUCUUCAAUUGGCAUGCAAGGAGUUUAUUUUAGCAAGCAGCAAAUCUAGCGUUGGUCCAAGCAACAUGGCCAGCGGGCAGGGUGGGCGAGCGAGGAGGCGACUGGGUGCGUGGUGGCUUGAGAAACACUGUGCUGGAGUGAUUUAGGGAAGUUUUUAAUAUUUAAGGCUGUAUUGUUUUUAACACUUGAUUGGAAGCCGCCCAGAGUGGCUGGGGAAACCCAGCCAGAUGGGCGGGGUAUAAAUAAUAAAUUAUUAUUAUUAUUAUUAUUAUUAUUAUUAUUAUUUAUUUGGCCACAAAGCUGCUGGAAAGGGAGAGAGGUGGGGGCUGCUUCUUUGCAGGGACAAGGCCACCUCUUGCACGUCGAGAACACCCUCUCCGCCUUCUCAGCCGUUCCCCUUCUGCUCUGUGUACAGAGUGAGUGCACAGUGCUGUGCGAAAACCUGGAGCGGCGCAGGCAGGAGGCUGAGGACCUGGAAGAGUACUGCACCCACCUCAAGGUGAGGGAUGUGUUAGCCGGCUCAUGACAUAGAAUCAUCGUAGACUUGUAGAGUUGGAAGUCAUAUAGAAAAUAUAGGGGUGGUUGGCUUUUGCUGCCCAACUCCCCAAGGGACUGAGCCCCCUAAGUCCAUGAUCGGUCAGAGAUGAAUGGAUGGAGGCAGGAUCCGGUCAGCGGCGGGGCUAGCUGCUCGGGCACCCGGAGUGGUGCACAAGCCAUGCACCCGGGGGCCGGGUGAUCUGCCCAGUGGGGCGAUUGGUGCAGUGGCCAUCCGCCCGGGGAGCCGAUCGGCGCGAUGGCGAUUUUCCCGGGGGGGGGGGGGAUUUUGUCACACACCCCUCAGGGAUGACACCCAGGGCGGGCUGCCCCCACCUAUGCCCCUGGAUCCAGCGAAGGCAAGGCAGAUCUUUAUUUUUCUGUUACAACAGCGUUCCCUCUCCUCCUGGCAAGGAGGCAAGAGAGACCCCGAAGCAAGAAGAAACAUCUCUUUUUAAGGGUUUGCAUUUUUGCAUGGAGAAGGACAGUCCCCUCUACCAACAGUCAGAAAUUACAUCACCCAUAAGGUGGGGUUGCUGUGGCUCAGGCAGGCCAAGGUGUGAUAUCCAUGAGGAUUUAGCAAGUUUUACCUCGUUCCAGACACAGUUUACACAAAACAUUAGCAUUUGGUAAGGAUGCCCGUCAGACAUCCCUCAGUGCAGAGCAUCUGGGCAAACAGUGACAAUUAAUACCGUAUUUUUUGCACCACAACACUCACUUUUUUCCUCCUAAAAAAUAAGGGGAAUUGUCUGUGCGUGUUAUGGAGGGAAUGCCUACGGGUGGCAUGCCUACGGAUUUUCCUCCUCUAAAAACUACGUGCGUGUUAUGGUCGGGUGCGUGUUAUAGAGCGAAAAAUACGGUAUACUAAGGAGGUUCAUAUAUAUAGGAGAGGAAUUCCUUCAGGAACUUCCCCUGAUUGCUGUCUGCCUACCUGUUCUCAGGCAAGGGGGAUUAAGGAGGCAGAGGAAAUAUUGAGAGUCUUUAGGAGAGCUAAGAUGGCUUUUGGUUUGCUCUCCUGUACUAUUUUAGACAUGUAGUUUAUAUACUUGUGUAUGUGUGUUUACCUUGUGCAAUUAUCAACACUGAUUCUAUAUUUAAGACCUUAGAAUUCCUGUAACAGAAGAGACCUUGUGUUCAGGGUUGGUGGGUGGGAAACAGCUGUGCCAGGCAAACCCAAGCAACCAUUUCUGCUCAAAAGCAGAGAGAUCUUUACUAAGAAAGGCUGAACAAAGAACGUGAAAAGAGACACCAAAGGUCUGCCUAGUCCAGCAUUUUCCUUCUCAAAGUGGCAAACUAAAUGCCCCUUUGGGAAGUCCACAAACUGGUAUGGAAGGCAACAGUCCUUUCCUACUGUUGCCCCCACAACAGCCAGAGUUUUGGGAAUACAUUGCCUCUGAACAAUGCCACUGACUUACCAAUUUACUGUGAAUUUGUCUACUUCCCUUUUAAAGCUGUUGAAGCCAGUGCCUGUUGCCACACCAUGUGGCAGUGAGUUCCAUAUAAUAAUUAUGCACUGCAGUCUGUCUUGAACCUACUGCUGAUCAGAUUCAUUGGAGGUCCCCAAAUUGUAGGGGUCUGCAUCUCUUUUUUCUACACCACACCUAAUUUUUACAAACCCCUAUCACAUCUGUACUUAGGAUCUAAUGACGUUCAUGUUAUGUAUUGAAGUUCUCACCCUGGGCCAGCAGGGGGGAUACUGUAGAUAGUUUACAUUCAGGUCCACAUAUGCAAAUAAGGAAUUGAAAGUGACGUUCAGUGAUUGGAUAGUUACAGAAAGCUGUUACUGUUGCGUUGUAGUGGAGCUCUAUAUAAGCAGGCUGGCUGAACCCUGCAGUUCAAUUCUGUUUUGGGUCAGUGAAUAAACAAGAGCUGUUUGAAGACUCGCUGUGUUGUCUGAUAUGUUCACCCACAACUUAACAGUUCACCAAUCUUAUAUGUGCCCCCAAAACGUUAGCUUUCUCUUGCAUAGAAUGUGCUUCGACCUUUUGAAUCGUUUUAGGCUGCAAUUCCGUGAAUGUUUAUCAAUGGCAACCAUUGGGCUAGAGUUCUAUGAGGAUUACAGAAGGAGGGAGGAGGUCAGACUGUGCCCUGGCCAAAGGCCUGGUGGAACAGCUCUGUCUUGCAGGCCAUGUGGAAAGAUGUCAAGUCCCACAGGGCCCUGGUCUCUUGUGACAGACCUUUCCACCAGAUCGGGGCCACGGCCAAAAAAGCCCUGGCUCUGGUUGAGGCCAGCCUAACCUCCCUGCGGCCUGGAUCUCCAAUAUGUUUUUUUAUUUGAGGACCAUAAGGUCCUCUGUGGGACAUACCAGGAGAGGCGGUCCUGUAGGUACGAGGGUCCUAGGCUGUAUAGGGCUUUAAAGGUUAAAACCAGCACCUUAAACCUGAUCCUGUACUCCACUGGGAGCCAAUGCAACUGGUAUAGCACCGGGUGAAUGUGAUCCCGCGGUGAAGACCCCGUAAGGAGUCUCGCCGCAGCAUUCUGCACCCGCUGGAGUUUCAAGGGCAGCCCCACGUAGAGCGAGUUAAAACCCGCCUUGCAAGAUCAUAGUUUACUUAACAAGGAAAUAAAGACAGGCAUUGGUAAACGGUGGCUAGAGCGCUUCGAUUUUGCCUUCCAUUAUAAUUUUCAAAUGAAGCUGGAAAUGAUGCUUUCUCGCGGCAUAGUCAAGGGGCAGCUGUCCCCGCCCCAUCAAGUAAAACAACAGAAAUACUGAACUAACUGACCAAUCCCAUCGGUUCUUCCCCCCCUCCCCAAAGUCCUGCACCCCCUAACAAAAAUCCUGUCUACACCCAUGUGCUCUUUGCUUUUGUCAUGCAUUUAGCAAGGUGGUCUGAAAGAAUGUAAAUAUGGAAGUAGCGUUCCUGUUUUAUUCCAAUUGGAGGGGACUUGUAAGUUGAGGAUGGGGGGUGUGUGUGGAUCUGGACUUAAUUCUUUUGGCUCUGCCGAAUCGGCAAGGAUUACACAACUAGCUAGAUUUCAGAAUGACAUCCGUCUGAAUGAGUUGGCGGGAGAGCCUCAAGGCAGUUUGUGUUUGUUUCCAUGGCAACGGGAGUACUGCCAGAGGCCCAGGACAAAUGGAAAAAUCCCCUUCUUUUAAUGCAGAUUUUCAGGGGAAUCAACAAGCUGCUAACAAAACAAAACAAACUAACAUGGAGUAGAUAUUAAUGGGUACCAUUCAUUCAAACUAUUUUUAAAAAUAAUUAGUGGGAUAAUUAUGGUUAAUAAUCACAUUUUUAUUAUAUCGUAAUGUAUUCCGCUUUGUUAUUGUAAUGCCAUUUCACUGCACUUUCUUGUGCUCUGUGCUUCUCGUAUUUUAAUUGGUAUUAUUCUAGAUGACUCUAAAUAAGAACAUACGGAGAUGGAGUGAUAUUGAGUGAAUUAUUGGGUGUGACCAGGUUUUUUAACAGUCUGUGUGUGGAUGUUCAAUGUGGGUGUGAUAAAAAUCAGCGCCAAGGCAGUUCCUGUCCUCAGGCUCCCAAUCUAAAUUCUAAAGAGACAGGACACUUGAGGAAAAGUGAAGAGGAGGGAGGAGGGAAAAGCAAACUCAAGCACAGUUUCUAACAAGUCAUAAAUCUUAUAGGCUAGUCCAUGCGGGCAAAUAGGGCAGUGCCCCAUCGCCUCAUAUGUACCCUUUUGCAUGUGCCACAUAAUAUCCACACUGCAUCUGUAAAAAUUUGGUCAUUCAGCAUGGCUGGCAGGACCUACACUUCGGAACUCCCUGCGUAUUGCUAUCAGACAGGAACCUUCACUGUAUUGUUUUUGGUGCUUGCUGAAGACAUUCUUGUUUAGACAAGCCUACUCAGAUGUUUCCAAAAGUUUGUACGAGUAUUCAUUUGUUUUGGUCUACUUUAUUGUGGUUUUAACUUUCUGUAUGUUUUAAAUUAUGGUUGUAAUUUAUUUAUUUUUAAUGCCACGUUCGUUGUUCCCUAUUUUUUUGUACACUGCUUUGAGUCCCCUCCCCUACAAUCAAGCGGUAUAUAAAUUUUAUGAAAUCAAUAACAUAAACAAACCUCAGGUAGCUUUCAGGCCUGCGUGUAAAAUUCACCAGGUGCCAGGCAAUUUUGCACCUGGCUAUUAGCCACAUGGGGACGAGGGUGGCGCUGUGGUCUAAACCUCUGAGCCUAGGGCUUGCCGAUCGGAAGGUCCCCACAAUAGGGUGAGCUCCCGUUGCUUGGGCCCAGUUUCUGUCAACCUAGCAGUUCAAAAGCACGUCAAAGUGCAAGUAGAUAAAUAGGUACCGCUCCGGCGGGAAGGUAAACGGCGUUUCCGUGCGCUGCUCUGGUUCGCCAGAAGCGGCUUAGUCAUGCUGGCCACGUGACCCGGAAAAACUGUCUGCGGACAAACAUCAGCUCCCUUGGCCAGUAAAGUGAGAUGAGCACCACAACCCCAGAGUCGUUCGCGACUGCACUUAACUGUCAGGGGUCCUUUACCUUUUUAUUAUUAUUAUUAGCCACUUGCUACCAAGUGAACCCUGGUUUAAGGAGCCAUCUGGCCCCUAGCUUAUACAGUGGUACCUUGGUUCUCAAACAACUUGGAACCCAAACACUGCAAAGCCGGAAGUAAGUGUUCCAGUUUCCGAACUUUAUUCAGAAGCCGAACAUGCUCCAUUUGGAGUGUUAUGCUUCUGUUUUGAGUGCCACACUUCCGUUUUGAGUGUUACACUGACGUCUGUUUUUGCUAUUUAUUUUGCAUUUUCGCUUUUGCGGCUCGCUUUUUUUGUGUGACUGUGUGGAACCCAGUUCAGCUACUGGUCUCGCCGUUAGGUAGUAAAAUCCAUGUUAAAUUGCUGUUUUAGGGGUUGUUUUUAAAAGUCUGGAACCGAUUCAUCCAUUUUGCAUUACAGUGGUACCUCGGGUUAAGUACUUAAUUCGUUCCGGAGGACUGUUCUUAACCUGAAACUGUUCUUAACCUGAAGCACCACUUUAGCUAACGGGGCCUCCUGCUGCUGCCGUGCCGCCAGAGCCCGAUUUCUGUUCUCAUCCUGAAGCAAAGUUCUUAACCUGAAGCACUAUUUCUGGGUUAGCGGAGGAUGUAACCUGAAGCAUAUGUAACCUGAAGCGUAUGUAACCCGAGGUACCACUGUACUUUCUAUGGGAAAGCACGCUUUGGUUUUGGAACACUUUGGUUUUGGAACGGACUUCCGGAACGGAUUAAGUUUGAGAACCAAGGUACCACUGUAUACCUGAGUUUCUAACACUGCUUCAGGCAGCCCAUGCCCUGCCUGCCUGCUUACUUACAACCAGUUUAAGAAAUGUCACCUCCUUUCAGCUUCUUCCUCCUUAGUCUGAGUGUUGCCCUUGCAAAACUCAGCAGCGAAGAAGAGGAUUUGCUAUGCCUGCCUCCACUUACUCUCAAUCGCCAGAGUUUCGAAGUCAGAGAUAUAGUUUCUUCUAUGCAGAAGAGCAGCAACUUGUUGAUGAUAUGAAUGGCAUUCUGGCUUUCUGGCUCUUGAUGAAGACCAGUUCCUCUCCAGCAGCAAAGGAGGUGACAUUGUCCAGACCAGGAGAACAGGGUAGCUCCUGCCACACAAAUCUUCCCUCAGAUAUCUGGCUUGAAGGCAGUUGAUUUGAUUGUCUGCGUCAUCCAGACCAGUCGUUUUGGAUAAAUGGUGCACAGAUUGAUUGAAUUAUUGUUCUCUUUGUAUAACGUGCCGGGUUUUUUUUAAAUGCAGACUUAGCUAGAUAAAAUGCGUAGGUUUCGUAAUUAUUAGUAUAUACGGUUUACGAAUUAGUUGAUUCCGUUUUCUUGAUAUACACAGUAUUGAUGUACAGUAAGCCCACAAUUUAUACACACUUAGCUUGCAUGUAUUCAGCGUGGCAAAUAAAAAAUAAAAAUAAAUAAAAAGGGGGCGGAAAGUGGCGGGUGCCCGAGCAAAGAUACUUCCGCAGUCCCAUCCACCAUUGAACCAACGUGUUUUGACUAUACAGUGGUACCUCGGGUUAAGUACUUAAUUCAUUCCGGAGGUCCGUACUUAACCUGAAACUGUUCUUAACCUGAAGCACCACUUUAGCUAAUGGGGCCUCCCGCUGCCGCCGCACCGCCAGAGCACGAUUUCUGUUCUCAUCCUGAAGCAAAGUUCUUAACUUGAAGCACUAUUUCUGCGUUAGCAGAGUCUGUAACCUGGAGCGUCUGUAACCUGAAGCGUAUGUAACCCGAGGUACCACUGUGGUACCUCGGGUUACAGACGCUUCAGGUUACAGACGCUUCAGGUUAAUUCAUUCUGGAGGUCCGUUGUUAACCUGAAACCGUUCUUAACCUGAGGUACCACUUUAGCUAAUGGGGCCUCCCGCUGACGCCGCGCCACCCGCCCACGAUUUCUGUUCUCAUCCUGGGGCAAAGUUCUUAACCCAAGGUACUACUUCUGGGUUAGCAGAGUCUGUAACCCAAAGUGUUUGUAACCCGAGGUGUUUGUAACCUGAGGUACCACUGUAAAUAAGUCAGAAAUUAGAUCAGGGGCUGUCAACCGGGUCCCUACUGCCCACUAGUGGGCGUUUCAGGAUUCUAGGUGGGCGGUAGGGGGUUCCACAGCACAAGCUGAAUCCUCCUUCCAUCAAGCACUGGUGGGCAGUAAGGAAAUUUUACCAAGAAAGAUGCGUUAGUGAGCAGUAGGUAUAAAAAGGUUUACUACCCCUGAAUUAAAGGGACGCGGGUGGCGCUGUGGGUUAAACCACAGAGCCUAGGACUUGUCAAUCAGAAGGUCGGCGGUUCAAAUCCCCACGACGGGGUAAGCUCCCAUUGCUCGGUCCCUGCUCCUGCCAACUAGCAGUUCGAAAGCACGUCAAAGUGCAAGUAGAUAAAUAGGCUCCAGCGGGAAGGUAAACAGCGUUUCUGUGUGCUGCUCUGGUUCGCCAGAAGCGGCUUAGUCAUGCUGGCCACAUGACCUGGAAGCUGUACACCGGCUCCCUCGGCCAGUAAAGUGAGAUGAGCGCCGCAACCCCAGAGUCGGCCACGACUGGACCUAAUGGUCAGGGGUCCCUUUACCUUUACCUUUACCUUUACCUUUACCCCUGAAUUAGAUCAUUAUAACAAAAGGGAAAAAACCCUAUGGAAAAUCACAUAUAAAAAUUUUCCUGCUCUCUGGUGCCCUCUGGUGUUGCAUAUUUAUAGCACAUUCAAAUCGUUGUUUCUUUACUAAUGUAGCUGAGUCCAUAAUCUCCAGCUGCUGAGGGGCAGGGGAGAGAGAAAUCCAUGUCCCUUUCAGCUCACCUUUCCAAAGUGUCUCCAGCUACUAUAUUUCUUUGGCAGCGACGCUUUUGCCCCAACUUACGUAACAAAGCAGAUACUUAGCAGACCUGACUGACAAGGACCAUUUCUUUAACAGAGAAACUGGUGUGAACAUUUCAGCAGUCCCCUUUUCUGCAGGCAUUGCAUCUUACAAGCUAUAAGGUCACCGGCUUGGAGGCGACCCCAAAGGAACAUUUAGUCGAACCUUAUUCUCCGCACUCAAUGAAGAACCAUGUUAACUCACUCUGUUCCCUUUCCUGUUAGUGAGCUAGUGUUUGAAUCUCUUGCGAUCUUCUCCCCUAGGAGAGCUGCCGGAAGGUCUCAAAAUCAGUAGAGGAUGCUGAAAUCAAAACCAAUGUGCUCAAGAAGAACUCGGUGCUGCUGGAGGUGAGGGGGAUGCCAGGAGGUCCUAGAAUAAACUGAGGACAAGGCUGCAGUUUUGCAUGCCAGGCUCAUAAAAAUUGCCUAUAUGUGCGUCACAGGGCCAUCAGGAAGAUCAGGUCAUUCACAGGUCAGAAAGGGAGACUCGAGGCUAACAUGCAAUUAAUUUCUUUAGUAAGGGGGAAAAUACAAGGAAGCUCAUAAAGGCAAAACCCCCUAAUGAAGAAGUUGCUAUGUCCCCCAUCCCAGAGAGGUUCGGAGGGUGGCAACAAGAGAACAGGCCUUUUUUGUGGUGGCUCCCCGACUGGAAUGCUCUCCCCAAAGAGGCUUGCCUGGCGCCAUCAUUUCAUGUCUUUAGGUACUUAGGCAAAAAAUUCCUCUUUACCCAGGCCUAUGGCUAAUGGCCUGUGAAAGGGUGGGGGGUGGGGUGGGGGAGGAUAACUAUUUUUUUAUUAGGCUGUCUGUCAAUAUGGUUUUUAUUAUUAUUUUAUUACGCUUUUAUCACUGGCGUUCUGUGAUGUGUUUUUAAUGUUGUACAGUACACCAUCCUGGGAUCUUUUGCCAAAGGGCAGUAUAUAAAUUGAAUUAUUAUUAUUAUUAUUAUUAUUAUUAUUAUUAUUAUACAUUAGGGUUGCCAUAUUUCAAAAAAUGAAAAUCUGGACACAAAAGUUAUUGAGCGUGUGUGUGUGCGUGUUUGUUUUUUAGCCAAAGUUGUUGAGGGGUUUUUUUUGCCCAAAGUGGUUGAGCAUUUUUUUGCAAAAAAAAAAUAUUCUGGACAUUCCAGCGAUUUCAGCCCAGACUCUGCUUAAGAGGGCCGAAUACUGGCUACGUCCAGGAAAUUCUGGACGUAUGGCAACCAUAUUACACAUGAAUUUUAUUUACUUGCAAACUGACAAAUGAAUAGAUAGAUAAUUUAUUACGGUCAGAGACCAGCUUAUAAAACACACUUGGGGGUACAAUCCCGGAAGGGAAACAAACAUUGAAAACAAUGUACAACAAUAAAUUUAAAAUUUAUAAAUGCGAUAAGCGUAUAGACACUUGAACUUUAAGAUAAGCUACCGCAGAGAGAUGACCCAGAGUCACCCAUGGAACCAAGUUUGGGGAUUUUCUUAAUGAACUAGUUUGGGUUGGGGGAUGGCCUGCACCUACAGAUCUGUACACAGAAUCUGGUGACCAUCCGGGUCAUCUGAUCAUCUUUGCCUAACAGGAAAAGGUCAAAUUUUUAACAAAUUAAUAAAUGAGCCAAGCACCAACAAGCAUCAUUUUCCUCCCUGUUCCCCAAACGCGGCCUCCAUUUAGGAGAAGCUGCGUUUCUUGCAGCGGCAGGUGCAAGCAGAGGACCUCGGUCGGCAGGAGCGAGAGUGGCAGGAGCUGGAGCAGCGAAUGGCGUCCGGGGUCUCCAAGCAGCUCCUCGACUUGGUGGGCAGUGCAGCAGCCUCGCCCCUGAGAGCCCCCAGCCUGGAGGAGGGUGACCUGCAGCGGGCCACCGCCGCCAUCCUGGCAUCCAUCAACAGCCUGCGAGGGGCGCUGGAGAGCGGGCAGCCACGAGCAGGGCCGGGGGACGAGGGGGGCGCCGACGGAAAGCUAAACACAGCCGCCACCUUGGCAUGCGUGGAAGAGAUCAGGUAUCGAGCAGGAGCAGGGAAGGUGGCGCCUCGUUCAAGAGAGCCCUUCGUGCCUCCCAACACGGCUAUCUUUUCCCUCAUUUCCCACGUUUUAGGAAAUGCGUGCUGGAGCUAUCCGGGAGGUCUCAGCGGGAUGGGCUGACCCAAAAGGAGGUGCUGCGGUUGCUGGCCCAGCUGGGAGUGCGCUUGGAGGGGGUGCUUCCCCAGUGGGAGAGGACGCAUCUGGAACACGGCCAGGCGCUCAGGAUGCUGCGAGAGGAGCUGGAUGAGGUCUCUGCCACGUACGUGUCUUUCCCGAGCCAAAUCAGGGCCCCUUUUCUCAAAGGACCUCUGGCCCACUGGACAAAAGGUGGCCCUCCGAGGUUCUCUCUCUGGCCCUCACGACUCUCCCUGGGCUAGGAUCCCACUCUCCUUGGACCCCACUCCUCAUUAGCCCUUCCGAAGUCCUUUGGCCAGGUAAGAAGUGCCCUUAAAGGUAAAGGGACCCUUGACCAUUAGGUCCAGUCUUGACCGACUCUGGGGUUGCAGUGCUCAUCUCGCUUUAUUGGCCGAGGGAGCUGGCAUACAGCUUCCAGGUCAUGUGGCCAGCAUGACUAAGCCACUUCUGGCAAACCAGAGCAGCGCACGGAAACGCCGGUUACCUUCCUGCCGGAGUGGUACCUAUUUAUCUACUUGCACUUUGACGUGCUUUCGAACUGCUAGGUUGGCAGGAGCAGGGACCGAGCAAUGGGAGCUCACCCCGUCGCAAGGAUUCAAACCGCCGACCUUUUGAUUGGCAAGUCCUAGGCUCUGUGAUUUAACCCACAGCGCCACCCGUGUCCCAGAAGUGCCCUUGAGUUGUUGCUAAUGCCCAAAUGGAGAUGGGAACAGGCAUGUAGCCGCCUACAUGUUCUUUGUGCAGCUGGAAUGUUGCCUCAUGUACCAAGGCAACCGUUACUCCACCCACUAGGGCAGGGGUAGGCAACCUAAGGCCCAGGAUCCGGCCCAAUCACCUUCUAAAUCCGGCCCACGAAUGGUCCAGGAAUCAGCUUGUUUUUACAUGAGUAGAAUGUGUCCUUUUAUUUAAAAUGCAUCUCUGGGUUAUUUGUGAGGCCUGCCUGGUAUUUUUACAUGAGUAGAAUGUGUCCUUUUAUUUAAAAUGCAACUCUGGGUUAUUUGCGAGGCCUGCCUGGUAUUUUUACAUGAGUAGAAUGUGUCCUCUUAUUUAAAAUGCAUCUCUGGGUUAUUUGUGGGGUACAGGGAUUCGUUCAUAUUUUUUUCCAAAAUAUAAUCCAGCCCACCACAUGGUCUGAGGGAUGCUGGACCAGCCCAGGGUGAAAAAGGUUGCUGACCCCUGGGCUAGGGUCUCUGGCCCUGCCUCACCACGGGGAUGUGAUUCCUGGAUGCUGGCCCACAAAGGAGUACAGUCAGUGCCGGAUUUACAUAUAAGCUAAAUAAGCUAUAGCUUAGGGCCCCACUCUCUUGGGGGCCCCAGAAAAAAUUAAAGGGAAAAAACACACCUGGAUGUGUAUCUCCAAAAUAUAAGAUAGGUAAAGGUAAAGGGACCCCUGACCAUUAGGUCCAGUUGUGACCGACUUUGGUCUUGUGGCGCUCAUCUCGCUUUAUUGGCCGAGGGAGCCAGUGUACAGCUUCCUGGUCAUGUGGCCAGCAUGACUAAGCCACUUCUGGCCAACCAGAGCAGCGCACGGAAAUGCCAUUUACCUUCCCACCGGAGCGGUCCCUAUUUAUCUACUUGCACUUUGACGUGCUUUCAAACUGCUAGGUUGGCAGGAGCAGGGACCAAGCAACGGGAGCUCACCCCGUCGCAGGGAUUCGAACCUCCGACCUUCUGAUUGUCAAGUCCUAGGCUCUGUGGUUUAACCCACAGCGCCACCCGCAUCCCAAAAUAUAAGACAAAUAAAAUAAAACCUACAUACAGCAAGUGUUUUGUGUUGCGUAGGCUCCUAUGAUGUAAGAAAUAGGCCCUGCCUGCUAGCCUGCUCCCUAAAAUAUCACUGGUUUUCCCCUUUCUUCCUGUGCCAGGGCCAAGCGGACGUCUGUGUCUCUCACCCAGCUCCGCGCAGACCUGGAUGGCCUGUGGCAAGUGAAGUCGCUCAUGGAAGAUGUGUCAAGGCAUCUCUCAGCACUCAAGCCCCUGGAGACACCCGACAGGCACCCUGCUAGCUGUGCCAGAUGUUCCAGGUGCCAGCUUCAGAGACACACAAGGGUGGAUGGGCGGUCAGGAUGGGGGAACGUAAGCCGAGCCAGGAGCAAGGAUGCCGAACCCGGGAUAAGUGCAGCAGGAGGCUGGGUACAAUGCAUUGGUGGAAGGGCUCCAAGACCGUUCAUCAGCCUUUCUCAACCUGUGGGUCCCCAGAUGUUGUUGAACUACAACUCCCAUCACCCCUAGCUGGCAAGGCCAGAGCUCAGGGAUGAUGGGAGUUGUAGUCCAACAACAUCUGGGGACCCACAGGUUGAGAACUGCUGGUUCAAAUGAUAUAGUGGUGGCAGACUCUCGCCAUUUAGAAAUCCCUGCACACGCAUGCUAUACGUUGGAGCAGCGUAACGGCAGGGCCACAAACGCACUCAAUAUCACAAGAUCACUGGAAAUUCACAGAAGAGAAGGGGGCAAUAUAGUACACAAGCAUGCAGGCUGUUGCUCAUGUUAGAAUUGGCUGCCACCAGAGCUUCAGAGCAGUCUUGGCAGUUUCCUGCAAAAUCAGGUGUUAAGAUUUGGAUACUUCCGUUUCUUCACAAAAAUAAUGAACCAACAAACCUCCAGUCUCCCUGGCAUUGGUAUGUAUGUUUGGAAGUAUUAAGAAGAGACCAAACCACUGUGCCUUAAGCGGCUGAUUAUUUUCCUGGUCUGUGCUUCUAGAGAUAGGAAGAGCUUUGCUAGAUCAGAUAGUGGGCCACCCAGUCCUGCAGCCACAGUGCAGUGGCUAAACAGAUGCCAGGGGGAAGCCUGCAAGCUGGACCGCAGCGCAACAGCACUCUCCCCAUUUGCUGUUCCCAGCAAUAAUAAUAAUAAUUAUAAUUAUUAUUUUUGUACCCUGCCCAUCUGGCUGGGUUUCCCCAGCCACUCUGGGCGGCUUCCAGCAGAGAUUAAAAAUACAUUAAAACAUCAAUCAUUAAAAACUUCCCUAAACAGGGUUGCAACUGAUAUCCAAAGGCAGUCUAUAGCCACCACGACCAGUAGAUUGCCUUAUCCUCCCUGAGUGGGCCUGGACCCAUUUAGUCAGCCGGGAUAGCUCAGUGGGCUACAGCAUGGUGCUGAUAACGCCAAGGUUGCAGGUUCGAUCCCCCCAUAUGGGACAUCUGCAUAUUCCUGCAUUGCAGGGCGAUAGGCUAUAGACAGUCCUCAGGGUCCCUUCCAACUCUACGAUUCUAUGAGUCCAUAACUGGUUUUCAGAAGCGUUGAAACCUCCAGCAGUUGAGGCAGAUCACAGCUAUCUUGGCUGGUAGAUGUCAAUAGGCAGUUUGUCUUAACCACCUUUUAAAGCCAUCUAGAUCUGUGGCCAUGACUGCCUUUUUUUUAACCUAAGCAGGCUGAGAUCCUUCAGGGAGUGCAGGAUAGGAGAAGGGAAGGGGCUCCUGAUCUCUUGUCCUUGCGUGAACCCUGCUCCAUCUUUUCUCUCCCGGUCACAGCUACAGCUUUGUGAACACAGACACACUGAGGCAGAUGGUCGAGCAUGCCAUGGCGCCCGUCCUGGAAGAGCUGAAGCAGAGGGCGGUCCCCCCGGGCCCAUGCCCCAGCUGCCAGCGCUUGCAGAAGAAGAUAAUGGUACCGUGAUCCCUCUGCACCCCCCACCCCACCCCCAAUAAAAAGAUUCCAGAGUGCAGCCUUGCUGGAGCAUUCUUCUGCCCUGGGGCCAGAUAAGAUGGCUCUGGACCUCCAGAGAUCUGGGCUCAGGUAGAUCCCUCCCCCCUCUGUGGUGGGCUCACUCCCCAGAAAGCUGCCUUACAUACGAGCCUAGUAUUGUCAACUCUGACGGACAGCAGCUCUCCAAGGUCUCUGGGCAAAAAGGUCUUCUCCCCAUCCUGAUUCACCUGGGAUGCCCUGAACUAACAAGAGCUCGCGAUUGAACCCAGGGCCAUCUGCCUGUGAAAAAGGCAACCUCCCACAGGGCUGGGCCUGCUCUCGUUGCCUGUAGGGCUGCUGCUUUUCCUGUAGCCACUUACUGGGCGACUGCCUCCUCCGCUGCAUUGACCUCUUUCACGUUUUUCUCUGGUUUCCAUAGAAAUAACAGUGGCCCUACAUCUUAAAAAAAGGAGGAUAUUCAUUCUAGCAGGGGAAAGGGGCGGGAAUUAAAACAAAGGAAAAGUUGUCGACUUUUCGCCCCUUAAAAUUCCAGGGUUUGGGGUGUGUGAGAUGAAUUUGCAUUUAUAUUUUGGAAAUGUUUCAUUCCCUGGCCAUAUACCCUUCUUUCUGUGUGCAAACCUCAGGUUUUCUGGAAAGCAAAACUGGGGUCUCUUUAUAGAAGGGUGUGUUUGUGUACGUAUACCCUCAGCAGUUGCACCUAGAGUGCUCUUCUGGAAGUUGAAUAAUGGGUGCCUGAAACAAAGGGAAAUGUAGCUGUGCCCUCUGUAGUUUUGGACUAUAACUCCCAACAUCCCCAGCCAGCCUAAGGGAGAGAGCGUUUUUGUUUCCCCUCCAGCAAUAGGUGUCAAGCCAGUGAAAUUGCCAAACACUGGUGGCACAGCCAUAGGGCAAGGGGCUGUUGCCUUCUGGGUGACGCUGAGCUACUGUUUGCCUUCAUCCUCAGCCACUGGCUGCGCUGGAUGAAGCCAAUGGGGACUUGUACCUUUUUGUGCAAUUGCUGGAGGGUCACAGGCCGGCCACCCCCUGCCCGUAGGACUUGAAUUGGGGAGGUGCUAAAUUCUCCCUCAGCCUUGACAAUCAGAAAGUGGCAUUUAGCAGCUCCACUUUCCAGCCAGAUUUUUUACAAGGUGGCCGCAAGCAUCAAACAAAUGCAUCGAGGCUGCAGCCUGAUUCUUACUUACCUGGGAGGAAGCCCUACUGGGACUUCACAGUGGACCUGUAUAGCAAGGGGUGCCAUUGGGUACCUAUGGGAGCAGUCGGUAUAAAAAUCUUAAAACAAUUUUUACAGGGGGGGGGUGAAUUGAGGGGCCUUUAAAAAAGCCUCUGAUAUCACAGUGGGAGAUGCAUAGGAGCAAUAAAAAGGAAGUGGUUUUUAAAAUAAAAAAAAAUAGAAUGCAAGGGUUUUUUUGGGGGGUGAAGAGGUGGGGUGGGGGUAGUUCUUAGGUGGCCACCAAAAUCUAUUUGGGGGCAUCUGUCACCUGUGAGUUUGCCACCUGUUUUAAAGAACAGCAUUUCGUUUUAGCCCUUAUUAGUGCCUUUUGGAGUUCCCAAGCACAGCUUUUUCACGUUGCUCCUUUUCGGCUGCAGCACAUUACCCCGGCUGCACCGGAGAUGGAGGUCUCUGUGGUUGCCAUGGGUGCCUCUCGCCCAUGCUGCUAGCCCCCUUGAAGUAAGCAGACCCACACAGCCUUCCUUAAAAUAACCUGAGCCACACGCUCGGUUCUCAACACAAGCAGGUAUCUGCCCCGGGAGGCGGCGCCUGGGCUCACAUCCUCAACAGCACAUACCUGGCUGCUGAAAAAACCAAUACGGGACAUGCAAAAUGUAUUUUGCAGUAACUACCAGACUAUUUCUGCCCCUCAUUUGUGGCCAAAUGAGACAGGUGGCAGAGCUUGCCAGACCAGCAGCCCCUAGCUGUGGCUGGCAGCCACAACUUUUGAUACUGAAUUAUCUUGGCUGGCAUCCUUUUGACAUAUCAGCUGCUACCUUGCAGUAUCUUCUGGCCCUGUGCACCUGGUUUUCUCAUCCUCAGCUGGCAUCCCAUUGCUUUAGGAUCAUGCACAGCCACCAGGGGGUGCCAGAAAAACAUGAGAGGCUCAGUAAACUUCCUACUGAAAUACCUCUGCCGUUUCCAAGUGGACCCCUAUCCUAUCACUAUCUCCCAAGAGCCAAAGCAUAGCAAGCUGGCAUGGCUCGCCAAAUCGACAGCUGUAGUUGGUGAUGACUGCCAGCAGCCCUAAAUUGUUGGCUUGCCUCUACCCAGGUUGGGUGAUGGCUCUGUAGUCCUUCCUUCUCUCUCUCUCUCUCUCUUUUACCCACCUCCAAUUGCUCUGGUCGCUGGGAGGCAGGAUCUGGAACACACGGCUGUGGACACUCGCGCACGAGCAAAUGCCCUGAGUUCGAAUGUACGCCUGGCCCAGGAUGAUGCCCUGAGAGCCAAGAACUAUCUAGAGCGGGCCAAGAUCGCCACGGAGUGAGUAAGCAAGGGGGGAAGCUCUACAGAUGGUGCCUGCUCUGCCUUGCACAUUCUACGGGCCCAUGGAACUCCCUGAUCCUGGAGCCAAACCCUUGCAAAAUUCCACCUCCAGCAUGAUGAAGGUGUCUCAGCUCAGUAUUCCUGAGGGAGCAUCUCCACCCCCAUUGUUCGGUCUGGACACUGAGGUCCAGCUCCAAGGGCGGUUCCCUCACUGCGAGAAGCGAGGUUAUAGGGAACCAGGCAAAGGGCCUUCUCGGUAGUGGUGCCCACCCUGUGGAAUGCCCUCCCAUCAGAUGUCAAGGAAAUAAACAACUAACUUAUUUUCAGAAGACAUCUGAAGGCAGUCCUGUUUAGGGAAGUUUUUAAUGUCUGAUGUAUUAUCGUGUUUUUAAUAUUCUGUUGGGAACUGCCCAGAGUGGCUGGGGAGAUAGGCGGGGUAUAAGUAAUAAAUUAUUAUUAUUAUUAUUAUUAUCAUCAUCAUCAUCCAAGGGUAAAUGCAUUAAUUAGGGCUAUCAGCUGAUUGAAGACAUUUUAACCGACUAACCAAAUGAGUUUUACUUAAUGAUAAAUUAAAUCUGCAGGCAGCUAAACCUAACUUGGGUGGUGGUUGUUUAAGAUAAUGCUUAGCUUUCCACACAGGCCACACCCACUCAAAAUUUAAAAUGCGCAGAUGCUCGCACAGAAUCCCGGGAGCUGUCGUUUACUCCUCACAGGGCGCUGGUUCCCAGCACUGUUCGCAACUACAGUUCCCAGGAUUCCUUGGGGUCGAGUGCUUUCAAUGUGUGGGACGCUCUCUCUCCCACUCUGCUCUUCCCAUCAGCUGAGUUGGGAAAGCCAAACCACAGAGUGGCCACCUGAGUCAGCGCUUGUGGUUCCUUCUCACCAAAGAAACCACCGCUGGGAUACUGAAAAGCAAACCUCGACUUCGGGUUGUGGUUUGUUUAGAAAUAAAAGCAAGCCGCAAGUGCCGGUUCGGAUGUGAUGGUAAAAGCCAGCCACUCUGCGGUUUGUUUCGCUGCUCAGCUAAGGGAAGGGCUGAGCGGGAGAGUUCAGGCUCCCUGCACCAGUGCACAUCAAAACUCAUGCAUGGUUGCGGUUAAAUGACAUGCUCAAAUGAUGGGGCAGGAGGGACCCAAACAGCUCAUGAUGGGGUACUGGUUAGUAAGGCUGCCUAUCAGCCGGGAUCCGGUGGCGGGACACACACACAGAAUGGCAGGUUGUGGGUCUAUAAUCCUAAGCAGCCGUCUCACAUGCUUCUCCUUCUCCUUUCUUGCAGGGAUAAGGCCACUGCCCUGGAUUACCUCCAGAACAAGCUGAGUUCCCUCCACUCGCAGCUGUCCCUGGUCUCCCAGGAGGGAGGGCCCCAGUCCCCAGCGGCCUCCACCACUUCCUCUGUAACCCUCGCCAAGCGGAACUCCUGCCCGUCCGAAUUAAACCGUGACCCCCAAUAAAAGAGAGAUGGCUGUGACUUAAAAGCCGUCUACCUCGUCUGUUUGGAAGCCAGGGAGUGGCUCCAGGGGA